ACGUUUUCAAAAGACGCCGGUACAUUUUAGAGAAUAACAUUAUGGCUAUUAAGAAACGGUAUGGAUAACAUUUAAAGUGGUUUUAUGAAUAAUGAGGUUUUCGAGAAAAAGAAAACAUCUACAUUACUUGAUGUUUGUUCUACUGUAAAGGUAAUGGAUGAUUACAUAGAAGAAAUAAUUAAAGAAUUAAAAAGAAAGGAACACAGAAUACUGAGAACAGCCCAGGAAGUAAUUAAGUUUUAUCUGGUCCAAAGUCGUCGAUCGUUCCAAUGUUUGAUAGAAGAACAUAAGCAUGAUUUGUACCAUUAUUAUCAUUUUACUACAAGAUGUGAAUUAUGUUCAUUUGACUAUUUGCUUCCGGACCGCCGACGGCUUCAACAAAACCAUCUCGACCUUUUAGGCAUCCCAAACUCCUCAUCGAAACUAAAUACAAACAAAAUGAAUUGUUUGAUAACCUUGGAAGACAUAGACCUAGAUAUAGCUUGGUGUCUGCUUGAUUGUUGUGAUGUUAUUUUCUGGCGUCAGUGCUUACAGUUACAAACGACAUUUGUUGAAUUUCUGAACGAAAAUAAACACGAUAUAUAUCAUUUAGUCGGGGGUUUCAAUAACUGUUGCAAAUGCGAAAACAACAGUCGCAAACACCUUAGCAUAAUCACACAGAAACAGUGGACAUAUCUUUUUUCCAAACCUAAUUUGACUUCGGUAAAAUGUACAAAUGGUUCAAACUCAACUGUAGAAUGCGUUUCCAAGAUUAUGGCUAGGUCCGAUAUUACAAUUGAUCAACUUUAUGAAGACGAUAUAACAUUAGCGAAGCAUUUGUUGCUACACCUGUUGCCAUUGAAAAAAGGACUGGUUCGUCUUCUUGCUCUAGGUCAGCAGCUGUUAACCUGUGAUAUAACAUCGUUUUCAGCAUACAAACAACUGUGUUCGAAAUUUGACCAAAUAAUGGGCGUUCUUGUACACUCUUUACCUAAAAAUUCAGCAGACAAAGAUCAUGCCGUUUCAAGAAAACAAGGAAGUAAUAAGAAACAUCUAUGGAAUGGUGGUAUGCUACCAGAAGAAGAAUUUUACUUUUAUAAAUAUAGAUCAACAAAAGAAGAUGAUAAAAAUAGAAAAUCAAUAACCUAUUUUAUAGAUAGAGACAGAAAUGCAUGGACAUCUGAUAUUUCUGAUCAACAGACGAAUAAAGUUCUUCCAUCUAGAUAUUUUCUUUAUGAUGUCCCAUGUGAACAGAUUUUUCUACCUGGUGGAAUGAUUUUCAAAACACCACAAGAACGCAUAGCAUCGUAUACAUACUGGCCAGUACAUCCCCUGUUUUGGCCUUAUCCAUUAGCUCUAGCAGGAUUUUUCUACACUGGAACAGAGCAUAUCGUCCGUUGUUUUACCUGUGAUUACACAGCCUCAGUUAACUCCUGGAUUCCACCAGAGAAUCCAUCAGAGGCUCAUGCACGCUGCAGUCCUGAUUGUAGCUUCGUUCAAGGUAACGGAUUCAAGAUUUGUCCGAAAGUGGGCACUUCACGUGAAAAUGAUCAUCUUACUGGUUUAGAAAAAGACAAAAAAGGCAAUCCAGUUCGAUCAUAUGUCGACUUAAGUACAAAACAGUCUAAUGAUAAAUCAUUCCUACUAAAAGGAGGACAUGAAACUAUCUAUUCUACAUUUGUUGCUGAUAAUGUGUUUUGUCCUCCAGAUACAUACGCAAGUACUGAUAACAUUUCUCCCAGAUAUCCAGAGAUGAUAAAUGGAAUACGUGAGACGAGCAGAGAGAUAAAUGAUAUUGGAUGUGACGGCAUGAACGAAAUGAUAUCGUCCUUAUCAAUACAAACGUCAGAUCCAAUGGCUGUUGAAAAUCAAGUAGCAAAUUUAGAAGAAGCCAAAGUUGAACAAGAUUCAAAGUUUCUGUUCACUAACACUUUUGAUACGACCUUCUCCUUCGACGAAAAAUUAACUGCUAAGAAAAAUAACCAUGCAUUUGAAGACAACUUUUCCAACCUCAAUUUAAUGACUACUGAAAAAAGUUUACAUUUAAAUGAUAAUUUACUUACAUAUAAGUUCACUGAUGGAUUUGUUGCACAGCUUAAAUAUCCACAAUUUCAACGCGUCAAGUCGAGAUUACAGACCUAUACAAACUGGAUGUUCUCCUCAAAACAGCGACCAAUUCUAUUGGCUGAAGCUGGUUAUUUUUACACAGGUGAAGCUGAUAUUGUUAGGUGCUUCUGUUGUAAUCUUGGACUAGCAGAAUGGGAUGCUCAAGACGACCCAUGGGUUGAACAUGCUAGACACAACUGUAGGUGUUUGUUCCUUAAAAGCGAAAAGGGGGAGGAUUAUGUUAAUGAAGUGCAACUAAGAUGGAAAAAGAUAUAUAACCCAAAGCAUCCUGUAUUAGAAGACAAAGAUUCACGAUUGAAAACAUUUGCUGGUGUAUGGAGAACUGAUAUUGAACAAACUCCAGACAUUUUAGUGGAUGCUGGUUUCUUUUACACUGGUGAAGAAGACACAGUACGUUGUCAUUAUUGUGAUGGAGGACUACGUAACUGGGAACCAAAGGACAUACCAUGGGAGGAGCAUGCGCGAUGGUUUCCAUUCUGUAAAUUUGUCAUCAAAAUGAAAGGCAGAGAAUAUAUAGACGAAAUACGCAUUAAACAUGAGACAAAAGAAAGGAAUGAAGAAGUUGCUUAUCGAUCAGACGAAUCAUUUGUCGACCAUCCUUUCGUUCAGCAGUUGCAGGAGUUAGAAUUUAAAACAGCAGAUAUUACAGCGGCAAUGCAAGUUUUUAAAUCAAAAGAAGGAAAUAGUAAUUUUACCAUUGAAGAUAUAGUAGAAAUCAUUAUCCAAGGCAAAGGUAGAGAACAAGAAAUCAUUAUCCAAGGUAAAGGUAGAGAACAAGAAACCAAAAAAUCAAUCCAAGAUCCAUCAACGCUUAAAGAAAUAAACCGACAGCUAAAAGAGAAGCUUCUAUGUUUUCGAUGUAAAACCAACGAUGUGUCAAUAUUGUUUGCAAGCUGUGGACAUCGAAUUACGUGUGAAACUUGCGCACAACAACUUGACUAUUGUCCACAUUGCAACAAAGAGAUAACGAAACGAAUCAAGACAUUUCUAUCGUAAAACGGCGAAUUGAAUAUUUAAAUUCUUUAGUUUAGUUGUAGCCUAUACUAUAUGGGAGACAUGCUGACACACUAACUAAUACAUAUAUUCUUCAAAAACAUUUGGAUAGCAAUAACAGUGGGCAUUACUCAUCUUCAAGAAUUGCUUAAACCAGUUGAUGGAGCCUUUACCGAUUGAUUAGCAGUUAGUGGUCAUUGUCAGUCAUUUUGGUCAUCUAGGUUUUUGUAUGUUAGAGCUUAGCACUAUGAAUUACUAGACAAAUAUCCUUUGAUGGUUCGAAGUUUUCAGUGUUUGAAGUUGAGAAAUGCCUUUUGGAAUUAUUCAUUAUGGAAACCACAGACACGAUCAUUUUAACAUAGAAGUGUAACUGCUAUAUGGCUUUAAAUAUGUAUGAUAUAGUGUUAUAAUGAUUUGAAAAUAUAGAUCUAAAUUAAAGAAGUUACCUUUUCAUAUUUACACAAUCAAAAUUGCAAACAU